AAUCGAUCGAAUUUUUCUGCCGCAAAAUGUGGUCGUUUCUUCGUAAAGUUCACCAUCGCGGUUCCAUAUUGGGGCGAUAUGUCGUCGCCAAUCGCCUGCAGCACACCAUUCCGAAAGAGCUGGAGAAGAUUCCCAAGGAAAAGGAUCCGCAGUUUUCCAAAAUGGUACAGUACUUCUAUCAUAACGCUUGCGUCAAGCUGGAACCGCGGUUAGUGGAGUACCUAAAGAAGUAUCCGAGAAUGAGCGAAGCCGAACGCAAGAAUCGGGUUCGUGCCAUCAUCCAGAUAGCCGGCGGAACGGCUAACACCCUUGAGAUACGGUUUCCGGUGAUGCGUGAUAACGGACAGUACGAAAUUAUGACCGGUUACCGCUCGCAUCAUUCGCUACAUCGACUUCCGGUCAAAGGUGGUAUCCGGUAUUCGAACGAUGUAACCAGAGAUGAAGUACAAGCCCUGUCAUCGUUGAUGACGUUCAAGUGUUCCUGUGUGCAUGUUCCGUUCGGGGGAGCGAAAGGCGGCAUUAAAAUCGAUCCCAGCAAGUAUAGCUCCAAAGAGUUACAGAAUAUUACCCGGAGGUACACAAUCGAACUGGCCAAGAAAAAUUUCAUCGGUCCGGGAAUCGAUGUACCCGCUCCGGAUAUGGGAACAAGUGACCGAGAGAUGUCUUGGAUUGCAGAUCAGUAUAGUAAAACCAUCGGACAUAAGGACAUCAAUGCACUGGCAAUUGUGACGGGAAAACCUCUGCAUCAAGGUGGAAUUCGAGGUCGAACCGAGGCCACCGGAAGGGGUGUAUUCAUUGCGACCAACUGUUUCGUUCGGGAACCGGAAUGGAUGAAAGCGAUCGGAAUCGAGCCCGGUCUGGAAGGGAAAACUGUAAUUUUUCAAGGUUUUGGAAACGUCGGAAUGUACGGGGCAAGAUUUUUUCACGAAGCCGGUUGCAAGAUUAUUGGAAUUAAGGAAAUUGAUGUUUCGUUGCUUAAUGAGGAUGGCAUAGACGUGGAGGAGUUGAUAAAAUAUAAAGAAAUAAAUAACACCAUCAAAGGUUUUCCGGAUGCCGCAGAAACCGAAGACGAUUUGUUGAUACAUCCGUGCGACAUCCUUGUCCCGGCGGCAGUGGAAAAGUCUAUCAAUUCGGAAAAUGCGGGUAAAAUACAAGCCAAAAUAAUAGCGGAAGGUGCCAACGGUCCGACCACUCCGGCCGCAGACAAAAUCCUUUUGAAUCGAAAAAUUUUGGUCAUUCCGGAUUUGUACUGCAACGCGGGGGGAGUCACAGCUUCCUAUUUUGAAUAUUUGAAAAAUAUUAACCACAUCUCGUUCGGUAAGCUGUCCUUCCGGCAGGAAUCGGAAAAUCUACGCGAAGUAUUGAAAUCGGUUCAGGAAUCGCUGAAGGAAGCCUCGGUUUGUGUGGACGUAACACCAACGGAUCCCCUGAAGCACUAUCUGGACAAUGCCAGCGAAGCGGAUGUCGUUGCUUCCGGGUUAAAGUACGUCCUGGAGACAGCCGGCCGUGGAAUCAUGGCCGUUGCCAAUCAACACAAGCUCUGUUUGGAUUUACGAACCGCGGCGUACAUUUGGUCGGUGGAGAAGAUUUUCAAAACCUAUGAUGGGUCCGGUCUUGCCGUUUAGGCCGUCGGUUAUUAGAUUUGUAAAUGAUAAUGUUUUUUUGUUCAAUUAGAUAGAUGAU